AUGGAUGAAUUCAUAAAAACUUUUCUUCUCAAAAACAGUGUCAUAAUGUUCAGAGGUUACAUGGCGAAUGGUGGUAUGAUCAACGGUAAUAACGGUGCUUAUGGUGGCUAUCGAAGUGGCCAAAUGAUGCCCCCAAUGCAAAACUCGUUACAUCAGCAGUGCCGUCCAUUGAGAAAUCUUGUACCCAUUGAUCUUCCGUUCUAUGAUAGUCAUCAAACAUUGCUGGAACCGAUGGAGCUGCCAUACUGGAAAUCUUUUUUUAAGCAGUCAGAACGUUUCGCCAACUGGAUUCCAACGUCACCGUUACCAAGGUUUGAGUGUUCAAUGUCUCGUCCGGCUGUACUGUUCUUCCAAGUGCCCGCAGAGUUACCCGACGAUUUUCCGCUCAACUGCAUGGUCCGCUUGGAAGAGCAAAUAGUGCAGUUGCCGGCUGUCAUUCCAACGAAUAAACCGAAUGUUGAACCGAAACGACCGUCUCGGCCUGUAGAUAUCACACAACAGUGCUUGAAUGUACGUGAUGCCUCGAGGCCGUUGCGACUACUUAUUGAAUGGACCGGUGACAAAAGGGUUUGGGCUGUUGCCGUCUAUUUGGUGAGUCAUUCUUUUUUUGAUCAUCACCAAAAUGAGCACGUGACUAGGGACGUGAUCAGAACACGGCUUGGUGGUGGAAACGACGAUGACAUAGCAAUGGCGCAGUUGAAGAUCAGUUUGUUGUGUCCGCUGUCACGAAAGCGAAUCACACUACCAGCCCGGUGCAAGAAAUGCCCUCAUCUGCAAUGUUUUGACUUAUACAACUAUCUGCAAAUGAACGAAAAACGUGCAACAUGGCGGUGUCCAGUGUGCAGCGAUUGGGCGCCGUACAGGUUGCUAAUCAUUGACGCUUAUUUCCAAGAUGUCCUGUCAAAUGUCGAUGCGGGUGCUGUGGAAGUGGAGCUGUUGGUGGAUGGCUCUUAUAGAACAGUGAAAUCUGAAUGUAUUGAUGUGGAUUCGGAUGAUACGGACGAAAAGCCAUGCACAAACAGCGGCAUAGCUAGCGGUUCUGGAACGGGUCAAGCAGUUGAGCGAGCUAUUCGCGCUUCAAUGGUUGACAGCAGUACAACUCGUUCGGGUAAUCCACCGGUAUCACCGACGCCUCGUUCUCGGGAUAGUUCUAUAAUAAUUCUGGACGAUGAUAGCCCUCCACGGCCACCACAUCCUGCUGCUCCGGCGCCAAGUAACAAUGUGAGUUUUUUCCCUGUAUUUCAUUUCGUGAUACACUACUGGUAA